CACAACUUCAGUGGAAAGGCAGAGGCAGGGAGAGAAUGCGGCGCUCCUGCUUGGCACAACACAGGUUUUACAUUGAAAGCAUCUCCUUUCUGAAGGACAAAAACACAGUGGAACUCUUUUUUCUGAAUGCAAAAUCUUGUGUGCACAAGGGGCAGAUUGAGGUAGAAAGUGAGACAAUCUUCCGAUUAGCAGCCCUGAUUUUACAGGAAGCUAAAGGUGACUAUUCCAGUGACGAUAACACAAGAAAAGAUUUAAAGGCACUGCCUGCCUUUCCUACCAAGACGUUGCAGGAACACCCCUCACUCGCUUACUGUGAGGACAGAGUAAUUGAACAUUAUAUAAAAAUUAAAGGUCUGACCAGAGGACAAGCUAUUGUACAGUACAUGAAGGUGGUAGAAGUUCUGCCUACAUAUGGAGUCCAUUACUAUGGAGUAAAGGAUAAACAAGGAAUCCCGUGGUGGCUUGGCAUCAGUUAUAAAGGAAUAGGACAGUACGACUUACAAGACAAAGUCAAACCUAGAAAAUUUUUUCAAUGGAAACAGCUGGAAAAUCUGUAUUUCCGUGAAAAGAAAUUUGCUGUGGAAGUUCACGAUCCGCGCAGAAUUUCAGUGUCCAGAAGGACCUUUGGACAGAGCGGACUUGUAGUGCAAACCUGGUAUGCAAACACUUCCCUGAUCAAAUCCAUCUGGGUAAUGGCAAUCAGUCAGCACCAGUUUUACUUGGACAGAAAACAAAGCAAAGCAAAAAUCCCCUCAGCCAGAAGUUUGGAUGAUAUUGCAAUGGACCUGACUGAGAUGGGUACACCAAAGGUUUCCAAACUUGUGACUUUGGAGGCAAAGAAUCAGCUUAUUAUGGCCAGCAACGGCAGCUUAAUCUCUUCAGGGUCUCAAGAUUCUGAGGUCAGCGAAGAGCAAAAGAAGGAGAAAAUUAUGGAACUAAAGAAGAAAGAAAAACUGCUGCAAGAAAAGCUGCUGCAGAAAGUCGAGGAGCUGAAGAAAAUCUGCUUGCGGGAGGCGGAGCUGACUGGCAAAAUGCCAAAGGAGUAUCCUCUGAGCGUGGGAGAGAAACCUCCUCAGGUCAGAAGGCGUGUAGGCACAGCAUUCAAAUUGGACGAUAACCUGCUUCCCAGCGAGGAGGACCCCACUUUGCAAAGCUUGGAGCGUAAUUUCCUCAUACAGCAAAAGAUGGUGGAAGCUGCGAAGAAACUUGCCAGUGAGCCAGACAUGUGCAAAAAUGUGAAGAAGAAAAGAAAACAAGAUUACAUUGCUGCCAUGAAAAAGCUUCAAGAGAUCGAAAAUUCCAUAAAUGAAUACAGGAUCAAAUGUGGCAAAAAACCAACACAGAAAUCAACCCUUAUUUUGUCAGAUGAUACAAUCCCAUCUGAGAGUAGCUCUUUAUCUGAUACAACAAUUUAUGAUGAUGCCAAUGAUUCCCUUACUGUACCAGGGCAGGGAACGAGUUCCGUGCAGCUGUCUCCAAGAAUCCCUCCGCCAAAGUCCCUUGGCGUGGAGAGAAUCCAUCUUAGAAAGUCCUCCAUCAAUGAACAGCUCCUGGAAAACAGACAUUCUAGUCACAGGGUGGACCCUCUGACGAUGCACAGUAGUCCUUACCGAAUUCUGGAACGACAGCCCUAUGGAGGGAGAAGCAUGCCCACAACACCGGUGCUCACACGCAAUGCCUACAGUAGUAGCCAUUUACAGCCGGAUAUUUCCCCAGAGCACUGCAGACAGCGCAGCGGGAGUCUAGAAUCCCAAACCCCUUUACUGUCAGAGACUACCAGUGAAAAGCCUGUGUUCUCCUUUUCGAAAUCCCAGCGAAGUAGCAGCACUGAAAUACUAGACGAUGGGUCGUCCUACACCAGCCAGUCAAGUGCAGAGUAUUACUCUGUGACGCCUAACCCCAACCCAUAUUACACCACGCAGACACUUGACAACCGCACAAGAGGCCGAAGGAAGUCUAAGAAACAAAACAUUUCUGCUGCAAAUUCAGGAAGCAUGCCAAAUCUUGCCCAGAAAGACUCACGGAAUGGUGUCUACCAAAAAAGUCAGGAGCAGCCUUCCUCUAGUUACUAUGUUUCUGGCUAUUCACCUUACACUGAAUGUGACGUUUAUUACAACGGGGGAUAUGUUUACGAGAAUGACACAGAGGGACAGUAUAGCGUCAACCCUUCAUAUCGCUCAUCGGUGCACUGUGGCUACGACCGUUAUCGGGAACUCAGGUCCUAUCGCGAAGGGGAGAUGGAAAGAGUACCACACAAUCCAUAUGCAACUCUGAGACUUCCAAGGAAGCAGGUUGCUAAAACGCAACAUAUAACCAAAAACAUUCACAAGGCCUUAGUAGCAGAACAUCUCCGUGGUUGGUACCAACGUGCCUCCGGUCAAAAGGACCAGGGUCAGAGUCUGCAGGCAGGCUUUGACUCUGACCAAGGAUCCCAAAGGAGUCUGGGCUUUGCAGGGCUGCAAGUACCGUGCUCUCCUAGCAGCCGGGCUUCUUCUUUCUCUUCAGUGUCUUCUACAAACACUUCUGGAAACUGGCGGAACCAGAUUGCACUAAGGCUUUCCGAUUAUGAUACAUUGUCUCAUUCCUCUUAUACCAGCUGUUAUGGGAAUGUUUAUGGCAACCUUCCACUGCAGAGCAGUCAGAACAAAGGUCUUCUGUCCAGGAGAAUGAUUGUGCCUGCAGAAAUGAGAUCAUUUUUAAAUACUCUUAUGCUAACUGUAGCCAGCUGCAAGCAUAUGCAGAGACAAGCCAGCUGGAGGAUGCUGACGAGAACCAGUUGGAAGCUGACUUGCACAGUAACGAGCAGAGGCUAUUUUGGCAUGAGGAUUCUAAGCCUGGGACGCUCGUGUAGGCCAUCAACAGCCCUGUAUUUGCACCCCCAUGUGCCUUGCACAGAAUGCUGUUCCCUCAAAAGAGGUCUCCUGUGGAAUCCCCCCCACCCAACUCAAACAUGAAAGUAUUUUGGCUUGUGGGUGAAGAUUGUGUUCAGCAUUAGGAAGGACAUGUACAAAAUUACAGAGUCGUUCCAACAACGGCAUUUCUUUCUGAAUCCAGACAAUAGUCUAACUGAGCAAGGGCAGGCUGCCACUGAAUCUAUGAGGUGAUGCAGCACUUGGCUGAAGUAUUUAUAUUUAGCAAGCACUUUUUAGCAGACUGGAAGGUGUUGAAGGCAAACCUCAACAAAAUGUGAAAAGGUGACUUAUGGAGAAAACAGGAAUUUUAGGAGCACAAUUCAGAUGGCUGAAAGAAGAAGAAAUAAAAAUGUCUUCUGCUGUCACUUAUGAUGACCAAGAAGGACUUCAUAAGCUGAUGAAGGAUACUGUGUGUGUGUAUGUGUGUGUGAAUGAGACAAAGAUUGACUCAGUCAGUAUUGGAACAUUACUUGAAGGAAGGCUGGAUUUUUUUAAUGGAGGUUUGAAUGAGCUACAACAUUUUUUGGGGGGGAGGGGUGUUAUUACGAGUGUUUGUAUGCACCACAAAAUGGAUUCUGGAAAGAAAGGCAAUUUACUAUUGCGACAUAUAAUGUAAAAACUAACCCUAGAAGACUGUGGAUUUUGGAAAUAGAAGCAGCAAAUACUGAACUGUUUCUGUGAUAAGAUGUAAUUAAUAUCCUCCCAUUUAAAUGAAUUUUCCAUGGUACAAUUUCAUUGUGCAGAUGGGCAUGCAAAGUCAUGUUGAAUGCACAGUGAACUCUUAAUUAGAUAGCUAUUACAUUUUGCCCUGCCAGGUUGAUGGAAAAUUGGAGGUGGAAUGCUUUAGUUAUCACAUGUGGAACAAUUUUACUAAACUGGCCAGUAUUCUAAGGUGGAUGCAAAAAAAAAAAGAAAAAGACCAAGUCAGUGCCUUAAAAUUGAGGGCAUUAGAAUUGUAGAACGUCAUCUGAAACGCCAGGUGCACUACAAAGUCACUAAGUGACAAAACAGCAUUUUCAGAAAAUCAUUCACAUUAUUUUUUAAAAAAUCAACAGCAGUUUUGAUCUAGGAGGGAUAAGCCUACCUCAUAUCAUCCAUCUGUAGAAACCAAUUAGUGUGGACUAACUUGUGUAGUUUACAAAAAAUAUAUAUAUAUUUGCAUACUGUAAAGUAAUUCUUGUUUCUCGGCUGUACUGUGCUUCACUCCAUAAAAUGGUGCUCUUUUAUUUCUUUUAUACAGAGGAUUAGUUAUUCCUUGUUCAUAUUGUGAAUAGCAAAGUUUCUGAUAAACUUUUUGAACGUUUUUUUACCAGUAUUCCAAAGCAUGUAAUAUAGACCGAAAGACAAAUUUGUUAAGCUGGUCCUCAGUCAUUUGUAUUAUUAGAGUUGAGGUUUGGAAUAAACAAAACAAUAAAAAAUAAUUUAUUUCCUUUUG